AUGGCCAACUUCAGUCCCUUCAAAUUCAACAUACUUUGGGCUGACGUUCCAUCGUACCUCUUCAAGCACUGGAAUGUCGGCUCGGGGCGGAAGUCCGAAGUGACAGCUUCGGACUUCCUUCUCAUGCUGCUUACCUCGCUCAAGCAUUGUGGGGCGUGGGACGUUGUUGCAACCGUGUUUAAACAGAAGGUAGCCACCUUCGAAAAGCGCGUCACGAAGUUUUUUACGGCUUUGCAUCCAUUUGGCAUGCGAAAGUACGUGACUGCCGUGGGGGAGAAAUGGACGAUAAAUCAACUCGAUGCAGACAGCCACAAAAUCAAGAACUUACCCUACGCUCGCUACGCUACGGAUGUGACGUUCCAGCGGACCAAUGUCCCCUCCGACUGGUAUGUCGAGAAGAAACUGUUCUACAGUGGCAAGAACCACCUGUACGGUCACAAGAUCGAAGCCUCGACCAUCUUCGACGAGAACCUCGACUUCCACGCCGCCAACCUCUGCAAGAAAGCCACUGGCAUAGAAAUGGCUGACGCCGACGACCUGGGGCCUGAUCGAGAACUACGUUGGGCAGAUGUCCGAGCCGUGCAGUCACUCAAUAAGCCCAUGGGUGGAAUUGUUACGUUUGAGGAACUGCGCCGGAACGACCGCAUCGCCAGCGACCGUGUCAUUGUCGACUUCUUCGGGUGUCUGAAGACGACCUGUUUGGCGUUCACGAAUACAUACGUUCGAUUCCAUCCCGUUCGCGCUGAAGACGGCGACGCGAACUCGCAGUACAUCAACUGCUUGAACGCUAUUGGCGCCAAGAUGGUCAAGAUCAAGAAUACAGCGACAUGUACCUAUCGCUCGAAGCGCAAGGCGAGGCUGUCGAUGGUCAUGGCUUCCGAGAUCUCUCUUGCUGCUGCGGAUGCAGGUGGAAGUGGCACUGACAUGGGCUACAACAGUGAAAUCGAAAAUCGCCGUGUUUCGUUCUUUUUGGGAUAUAUCCCAAAUGUGUGCUUUCGCUAG